AUGCAAGUCGUCGCUCCGCUAAGGCCGCCGUCCGCCGUCGCCAGCGCCGACCCCGUCACCGGCGCCGACCCCGUCACCGGAUCGCCAAGCACUACCCCGCUCUCCUCCUCGCAGCUCCUCCCUCUUGCCCCGAUCUGGAGCGCUGGACGCCCGCUCGCCGACGUCGUCGCUGCCGCCUUGUUCGUCGUCGUCUCCGGCCAUCCCGAGCCCCCUCGAGCCCGCUGCCAGCCCCCUACGUCUCGAGGUGAGCCCCGUUCGCCUUCCCCUCCUCUCCCUGUUCCAGCGCUCGCCGCCUCCGACGCGUCACCGCCCGCACCGGCCUCCCCUGCUCGAUGCGCCACCGCGCGCGCACGUGCUCGCCCAGCCGCGGCCCGCUCUACCCGCGCCCAGUGCAAGCGCUCCCCACGCCGCUCGCGCCCGACCCGCGCGCCAGCCCAGUCGCCUGUGCGCUACGUGCGCCCGCAGCCGUCCCCUGCCGCCUACCCCACUGUCGGCCACGGCCAUGGCCUCGCCGGGGCCAUGUCCGGCCGCCGCGCCCUCUGCCCUCCCCUGUGUGCGUUUGUGCAUAGGUGGGAGGUGGCCAGAGCCACUUUCAGGUGGGGUCCUCCCCCUGUAAAUAAAAAAAGAAAGUAG